GAUCUUUUCCGGGGCGGAGCAUGUUAGUCUGCAGCGAGCGGAGAGCCACUUGGGUGGGCGGAUCGCAGCGGUGACAGCGACGCUCUCGGAUUCUCAACAAAUUGUCCAAAAAAAGACAACUAACGUCAUGGCGGAGCUAGACCUGAGUCUGAGCGACGCGCUGACGGACAGCGCUCCCCAGCCGGGCCCAGAGGACCGGGUGGAGAAGGACUUCGUGGCCGAGCUGGAGGCGGAGCCCUUCGAUGAUCAGGUCGGGGAAACAGUGGGGAAGACUAACUACGUGCCACUGCUGGACAACGACGACACCAGGGCAGACACGGGUGUGACGAUGGAGAAUGGCGAGCAAGAAGCUCAUGGGGUGCAAAAGCCUGGUUGCAAGUUGACCGCAGGGGGACCGACGCCGCGCCCAGAGCCACAGGGAGAAGUGUGGCCACGAUCACUGGACCAGGACGAGACCUCGGCUACAGACUUCCUAUCAGCCUCCAUGGCGGGUUAUUCAGAUCCUGUUGGCUCUCCGACUGAUCCUGGCCAUAUGAUGGAUACUGGAGCUUUUUCAGGUGUGCAACCAGCUUUCUCUCCACCCGGUGGGAUGGGGUUCACCAUGGAGGUGGGUGCUGCACCCUUGUCAGCAGAGAGGAUUCAGCAUGUCACACCCGCAGCGGGUUCUGAAGCCCCGAAAGAGCACAGCCCCAUGCUGCCUGAACCUCAGACUCCUCGCAGCCCUCUGGAUCUGUCAGCAGGUGCCUUAGGCCCCUGCUGGCCAGACCAGGCUGACUGUCUACAGACAGACCUCCCUUUCAGCCCCAGCGUUUCCACUGUGAUCAGUCGCCACGCCGGCUAUCUUGCUGUCGGCCCUGACGUCCCGCCUGGCAGAGAGAGCACCGCCUACGCCGGGGGCGACGAAAAGGAGGGAGACUGUUCAGACCGAAAACAGAAGAAGAAGAAGAAAAGGCGACAGAAGGAUGAGGGAUCUUUUGAGCACCUGGAGAGCAGGGGUCACCCUGAGGUGCAAACACAGGGAGAGAACACGCCCCCAACAGAGGAGUUUUACAACAGGAUUGGCCCAAGGCGGGAAAAAGGCGACGGCGGCUGGGAGGAGCAACUUGGGAAGAAUGGAGGCCGGGUAAAGAAGGGUAAGAGCAGAAAGAAGCUUCCGGAGGAGUGGGGAGUGAGCGCAGAACCAUUUGUCCCUUCGGCGGCAGCAACCUCUCUAAUCACGGAGGCGGUGACGACGGAAAUGACGCGUGCUGUUCGGGCAAACGCGGAGGCCUCGUUUGCAGACAUGGACACCAGCCCGAGCUCGUGGAAAAAGGAGGCCUACCCUGAAGAAGGCCUGGUCCCUUCCCCCCUGUCUCAGGACCUAUUCUCCCCCACCGUUGCUUCUGUCAACCCCCUGGUGCUGAACAGCGAGCUGAAAGCCACUGCAGCUCCGUUCACCAUGCCCUCCUCCACCAACAGUGCAACACCCGGCUCCCUCCCCAUGGCUCCUCCCCCUGCUGAUCCAUUCGACCUCCUGAUGGAUACUGAAAAUGCAAGCUUAGGCAGCAGCAGCCAGGUGUUUUCUCCCGGUUGGGACCUGGUUGACGGCAGUACGUGUAACACAGGUUCCUUCCAAGAGUCCUGUGUGCGUGGCACGCCCGAGGGAGACCCCUCUGCCUCUCAGCCAAGCCCGGAUCUAUCCCUGAAAGGCAAGGUGUCCGCCUCGGCCCCAGCCCUCUCUCCCUCAGAUGCUUCAUUGCUCCUGAACGACCCCAACAUGAGCAGCAAUACCGAGCUCUUUGACUUCAGUUACGUGGUUGCUUCAGGUCAACCUUUGACCUUGGGGUUGUCCUUUGAAACUCCUAGCCCCGCCCCUCUCCGCUCCCCCAAAACCACAGCGCAGGAAUUCCAACCUAAAGAGCACAAAGAUGUCAAAUCGGCCCAGAAACAACCCAAGAAGUCCCGUUCUUCAUCUUCCUCCUCUGUGAGGAGUCCCACCUCCCCAAGUGCAAAGGAUUUCCCUCCACAAGCAUCCCUCAGCCCUCAGCCCCUCCUCCCCUCCAGCCCAGGAUCUGGUCUCAACCCCACAGCGAAGCCCUUCUUUCCCAGCUUUGCUGAUCCCUUGGAAGAACCAGCCGUGGUCCUUCCAGUUGCCCCCAUCAUUGAAGUAAAAUCUGACACGAUGGAAAAAGCGGAGAAGGAGGAAAAGCCGCAGGACAACAUAAAGAACGUGGACCCGUUCGACCCUCUGUUUGACAGAGCCGAGCAGAAGAGUGUGACGGUGGUAUACGAAGUCACGGAGACCCCGGCCAAGGUGGAGAAAGAGAUAAAGAAGGAGGAGCAGACAGAGACACAGAAGGAGACAGAGACACAGAAGGAGAAGCAGACAGAGACACAGAAGGAGAAGCAGACAGAGACACAGAAGGAGAAGCAGACAGAGACACAGAAGGAGAAGGAGAUGAAGGAUGCAGGGAAAGUUAAAGAGGAGAAAGAGACUGACAAAGUAAAGGUGACAGAGAAGGUGGAAGAAAAGAAUGAGACGGAAAAGGAGAAAGAGAAAGUGGAGUUGAUUCAGCUAAAGGCUGAAGAGGAGGACAAGAUGAACAAGGUAGAAGAAUCACAAGGAAAGUUGGAGAAGACAGAGAAAGUAGUCAAGGUGGAGAAGACUGAAGUCGAAAGCACAGUGGAGAAAACCCAGGACGUGGGAAGAGUGGACCAAAGUGAAAAGUCCACCACGCACAAAACUGAGAACACCGAGAAGCUUGAGACGAGAGAGGUGAAGGACGGCACUGAGCAGCACGCGGACAAAGCGCAGAAGACGCCGGCGCAACAGGCGACACCCGUCCAGCCAGAUACCGCAUCUGACCGGCCGGAGAACAAGGCCGACACAGAGACACGGGCAACGCCAGGAGCAGAAGACCUCAAGAAGGAGAAGGUGGACGCAGACCUGGCCAAGGGGACGGAGAAAGAGGACGAGGUGGAGAAACUGCUGCAGCAGGCCGAGAAGGAGGAGAAGCAGGACAAAGUGCCGGCCAGCAAGAAGAUCGUGGAGAAAAAGGAUGACAAGAAGGACAAGACUGCCAGAGCGGACGGAGGAGACAAGGCCAAAAAAGCCAAACUUGCAACCAACGGGAGCAGCACCCCGCUGAGCAGGGAGCCGGCAGCUGCAGACAGGAGGACAAAGCCAGCUGCCGGGGCCCCCAAACUCAGCGUUGCUGCUGCGGCUAAAACGCGCCUGGGCACCGCGGCUCCAGGGGGCCCGGGCCCAGCGCCGACUAGGCGUCCCGCAUCCUCCUCUACCACCACCUCCGUCUCAGACAAAAAAACUACCGCAGCCAGGGCACCGCCCACGGCCGCCGCCGGUCCAAAGCGCCCCCCCACCACCUCCAGCAGCCGCCCUGCAUCCUCCACCACUACCACAGCCGCACGGGAUGUCAGACCCAAGAUGACUCCGGAGAGGCGCCCCCUUGUGCCCAAGGCCAGCACCGCCGCCCCAGCAGGCUCCACCGCUGCCACCAGAAAUGGAACCGCGUCAACGGCAGCCAGUAAAACCAUGACAUCGGCGCGCACAACGGCGCCUACUCGCACCGCCACCACCGCUGCAGCCAGAAGACCUCUGGUCCCCAAGACGGACAGCAAAGCAGGAGAGGAGAAGAAGCCCAGUGCUCCGAGGACUACAGCAGACCCUUCCAAGCCCAAGGCCACCAGCGCCCCCACCCUCCGCAGCACCACUUCCACCGCCACCACCGCCGCCUCUCGCACCAGAACCACAGCAGCCAAACCGGCCACGCCCUCCUCCACCACCGGCGCAGCACCGGAGAAGAAGCCCACGGUUCCCCGCACCCCUCGGCCCGCUUCCUCAUCCGCCGCCCCCUCCAGGACCACGGCUCGGCCCAGCGCGGCCCCGGCCCCCGACAUCCGCAACGCCCGCUCCAAGAUCGGCUCAACGGACAACAUGAAGCACCAGCCCGGGGGUGGGAAGGUGUCAUCCACCUCACUGAGUAGGGGCGCCGCCUCCAAAGAGACCAGCCAGAGCAAAGUUCAGAUAGUCUCCAAAAAGCUGGACUUCAGCCACGUCUCCUCGCGCUUGGGCUCCAAGGACAAUUUGAAGCACGUUCCUGGUGGAGGGAAUGUGCAGAUCCUCAACAAGAAGGUGGACCUGAGUAAAGUGACAUCCAAGUGCGGAUCCAAGGACAACAUCAAGCACAAGCCCGGCGGCGGCGUCGUGAAGCUCGAGUCCCACAAAGUGAGCUUCAGGGAAAAGGCUCAGUCCAAAGGGGACUCCUCGGACACCUUGAGCCCUUCCCCCGCAGCAGGACACGUCGAGGCUGAGCGGCCCCCGGAGCCGGGCUGCGCGGGGGGCCCCGGCACCCAGGAGAACGGGCUGAAGGAGGGUGCUCGCGCUGACAGCGAGGGCCUCCAGGAGCCUCAAGCUCUGGACUCACGCAUCCCGGAGACAAAUUGAGUGUUUCAAGCUCAACUUCCGCGAGAAUGCUGCUCUCGCACGGACCACGCCGCCGACAUCCUCACCCGGCCGCCCCUCCCCCACCCCAUCCCCUCGCAACGAUGACGACAACAGGCCCCGCCCACACAUCUCCUCCCACCAUCACGACCCACCGGCUGAGUCUUCCUCAGUGAAUGGACUCGCUUCCGUGGGCUUCCCCUCUGCCUCCUCAACUCAAGGGAGGGGGUGUAGGGGGGGGGCAGCAGCUCCUUAAAGGGACCUUUCUCCCCCCUCCCUGGUAGAGCCCUGAGAACUCCUUUCACCUUCACUCUGUUUUUGAACGUUCCAGUAUCGACUUCAUGUUGCCUCCUCCCUCACAUCCAGGCUCAUCCUCCUGUGCUAUUGAUGACCCCCCCCCCCCUCAAUACUUGGCUAGAGUGUGGGAAUCUAUGUGGAGUGAAAGGUUUUAUGUCACAUCUUUUGUUGCGUCUCCUCCUAACCGGCUGACCUGUAAUCAGUGGGAACCCCUCGGCCUAAACUGACUCCCCUCCCCCCCGCUCGCACAAUUGCACCCCCGACACACACCAAUGAGCGCUGCUUCUGUUUUCCUCGUGACCACUGGGGCUGCUUGUUCCCCGAUGACCGCUUAUAACCGCAGUAAUUCAUCGUGCAUCUCGCCCGUCGACAUCCCUCCCCGUAAACAAGCUGACAAACCACAAAAAAAGAAGCUAGACAGCAAGUAGGCUGUUUGAACCACUGUUUAACUCUCUAUUCUCAGUGUCGUGGUGGUGUGUUAGUGUAAAAACAAGCUUUGGUGUUCCGUUGGGAUCUUAUUUCUGCCUCUCUUGCGUUUCCCUCCUCCUCCUCGUUGGAUGAUUUUUAAAGCUAGGUUUUAUUUAUUUAUCGUACGCUUCGUCCCGCGCCGGCAACGCAGUGGGCCGUCUUUUUAAUCUCAGACAGCACUCAGAAAAUCACGCACAUGUUUUUCAUGAACCAAAACACGCGGCGAGGACGUUUACAGGGAGGGAGGACGCCAGAGGCCCAACACACAGGAAGUGCGCCGGCGUAGAGAUGCUUGAACUGAGCAUGCAGGAAGAUGUCCGAGCGUCUCCAAAGAGCUGCGUGUCUCGUAUGUGUCUCCCGUCCUCCGUCCCUGAAAAUCCCUUCAGUAGACGAGGACGCCGCCGGAAGCCGAUCACGUCUGGGGGCGUGGCUGUUGGUGUCCCUGCGGGGGUUGUGGUAGCAUGUUGUUUGGCGUUAGCGGGAUACAGAAACAUCUCGAGCACUCUGUUGUUGUUGGAGGAUCGGCAGUGAAACCUGAUGUGGCUUCAUACUCGUAUUCAGCGGCUGCCUCCCACUGGCUUCACGGCAUUUGUCAGCCAUCACUGCAUUUGAAAAAGGGCUGCGUAUCAUCUGGAAUCUCAUCCGUCUCGCUGUGCCACAUUGUGAAUGUAGGCUGUAAUGUGCGGCUCUCUGUCCGUCAGCUGUCUGGUGCUUGGCAGCACUUUUGUUCUGCCUGCAACAUCUCAACCAAAAACAGUGUGAAACCAAAACAAAGCGCUGAGAGGAGCUGCUCUCUGAGGCUCCGUCAUUGGCCCCUCGAAUCAGAUGCAUUAGUUAGAAGUUAUCAAAUGUUUGGUUCCUAGAACACUGGAAUCUGAGAUUCUGAAAAGGUUUUGAUAGAAGUAAAGAAGGUUAUGAAGCAUUAACAUUUAUUGCCAGUUUUGGGUUUGACUUGUAUCCAAUCAAUCAAAUUGUAUUAUCUAGGCGUUAACUAGUUAUUACACACAUGGACUGAAAGAGGAAGCCCAAAAUGACUCCCAGACUUGGUUGGAUGAUGGCAAACACUGUACCAUUCAGUUUGAAGACAACCCUCCGCCCCCCUUAUGGACGACCUGAAACCCUCCCGAGUGUCACUUUGAGUUGAUGCUUUAACCCGUGAAAGAGGCUCACUGUGCGCAGCGUCGCUGUCGGAUCAGACGUCCGAAUGCCUUUUGAACAGGUAGCUUCGUGGUGAAUGACAUUUUGCGUGAUGACUGAAUAGAGCAAUAAACUGAACUUCAGUGCCCUCCUUACUAUUCAAUCAGUUUGAUUCAAACCCAGUCAUGAUUUUGUUUUCUAUUGGAAUCAUUUAAAAUUGUAUGUGUCAGGAAAAAAUGAUACUGAGAAAAUAGGCAAUAAACUCACGUCUUUUGAAAGUGUGAAUGGUUCACAUGCAGAUGUUGGAGGGCCUUCUCUCCCCGGUGACCAUCAAGUGAUGUGAAAGGUGCCGCUGUCAUCGGAUAGUUGGAUCUCUCGGUUAGUGCCACGGCUGUGGCUUAGCUACAUUAUCUCCUCGUGCCUGUCCACGACCGCGUUGCAGCUUCGCUCCUCCUCGACAGGUUCUACUCACCACUGCUCAUGAGAUUGCACGCGGAUGUACAUCCACAUUCUAUUGUCAGGGUUAGAAAAUGAACAAAAGGCGGUGCAGCAGCUGCAGCGUCAGGUUUUAUGUCCUUGCACCUUUUAACGAUUCUACUGGGAGGAGGUGUUUUUACUGCAAAUUAUUAUUCUAAUCAUUAUGAAGACAUUGGUAAAAAGGGCCCCUAAAGUGAAAGAAUGUCAUUUGAGAUAUAACGUACUCAAGACGCGACACUUUUGUAUAUGUAUUUAUCGUUGUGUUCUCUCACGGUUGGACGGACGAUACUUGGAUUUUGGAGCCCAAUGCUCACAAAGUCGCUAAAACCGGAUUUUAUUUAAAUCGCUGCAACGGCAGAUCCAUUUGGAAAUGUUAAACUGGCAAAAGUAGAGCUUACAUUUUUGACAGUGUGAAGCCUCGUCUUAAGACGUGAGAGUACGGUUGGGACUGCCUGGUAGGCGAGCUGAUGCAGCUGACACACACCGUACGCCACGUGGGCAAAGGGAAUGUCCUGCAGCGGGGAGGCCUGUGUAGGCGUGUUACUUUGGGAGUAGUGCAUAUCGAACAUGUUGGCGACCUGCCCCAAGAUUGUGUGUGUGUGUGAGGUUAACUGACCGUACUAGUCAGGUUUGGCUCGUGUAAUAACUGCUCCUUGCUGUAGAGCUUCAUCUGCUGCUGCACCCAUGCAAGAGCUCCACCCACUAACAACCAGAGCAUGCUGAGGAACAACCCCGGGAUGUGUUAGGUAGACUUACUUUGUCAUUUGCAGAACCUCAAUGUUAUUUUGUGUUUGGUUUUUUUCUUCAUUUUAAUCAUUUUUUGGGGGUUUGGAAAAAAAGUUGUUUAUUGUGAUUACUUGUUAAUUAGUGAUGUGAUUGUUGAACAUGAAAUAAAAAUGGACUAAAACUCUCA